CUUCAUCACCCAUCUUCUUGUGUCCAUUUUUCUGUAAUAUCAAAGUCCCUUCCUCAAAGACUUCUUGCGACGCUCGCUUGUUCCGGGCUCGAUACCUGGCGAGCUCUUCCAAGGCGGAAUGCACACUCAUGGUAGAGAGUAGAAUUACGUAAACAUACUGCUCGUCACCAGCUGCGAUGAAGACCAACACAGUCUCAGAGUAGUACCCAUAUUCUAUUCAGUAGUGCAUUUCAUACUGACAUUGCACCCGGAAACGGGAAGACUUUGAACUAACUCCCACUGCUCAGAAAACUCCUUCUAUCUCUAUGGGCUGUUCUUCGUUACAGCAGCUGUUACAUUCGGGGGGCAACGCGGUUCGCAGAUGUCAAUCACUUCUGGGUUUUCAUACUGUAGCCAUUGCCCUUGGCUCGAAUCUUGGUGAUCGAUUCGCAAACAUCGAGACGGCUUUGCGUCUUCUCGAAGUACCACAGGCUCUCCGGGAGGGCCCAGACAACGAGGCUCAAGUAUCUGUUAUCGACACAAGUUUCAUGUAUGAAACUGCCCCUAUGUACGUCACUGACCAACCUCGUUUCGCGAAUUGUGCAUGCAUUGUGGAGACGAACCUCCAGCCAGUGGUUCUACUUCACUUGCUGAAGAAAAUAGAAGAUGUAGUAGGAAGGGUCCCUACGAUCCGCAAUGGACCGCGUGCUGUAGACCUGGACAUCCUGACCUACGAUGACGAGAAGAUCGAUACGCGACCUGAAGACAAGCAACACGAUCUGCAGAACCUCACUGGUGAACUAGUCGUCCCUCACCCGCGGCUGGCUGAGAGAGAAUUUGUUCUGCGUCCCCUGAACGACAUGAUACCCGAUUUCGUACAUCCUGUGCACGGGAAAACUAUACGCACGCUCCUUAGCGACAUCCUUUCGGUCCGGAGAGUCAAUGAGCCUCCUAUGCUCAAAGUCCUCCCGUUUCCAAAGUACCCAUUUGCUGCUAGUCCCACCCCCUAUGGAUUCCCUUCAGUACCGCCCACAGUCAAGUACUGGAUAGUCAGCUCCAUCGAUUCGACGGGAACGCCUGGCCCCCACAGGACCCAUAUUAUGGCUACCCUCAAUGUCACACCAGACUCUUUUUCCGAUGGCUCGAUGUAUGAUACUGUCCCUGCGGCCUUGGAGUACGUAAGAACCUCUGUUGAAUCGGGCGCACAUAUCGUCGACGUCGGUGGAUGCUCCACCCGUCCUGGCACGACAUUUGUCUCGGAAAACGAGGAAAUGGAUAGGGUAGUUCCUAUCAUCAGUGCCAUCCGCGCUCAAGAGCGCGAGGACGUCGCGAAUGUUUUGAUCUCGAUCGAUACUUUUCGAUGGAACGUCGCAGAAGCUGCAGUUCAGGCCGGCGCGAAUUGCAUAAACGAUGUCUACGCUUUCACAGGACCGGAUUAUCCACUCGUUCAAGCCUCAGCCGAACAUUUACUCAAGAUGCGUGACGUUGCGCGUCGGCUAUCCGUACCUGUCGUUCUCAUGCAUUCUCGAGGUGGCGAUGUACGUUCAAACAAAAAUUACAGUCAUUACAACGGUGACUUGGUUAGGGCUAUCCAAAGUGAACUCGGGGAUAAGGUUGAGGCAAUCGUUGGGGGUGCCGGGGGUGUACGCAGAUGGCUCGUUAUUAUCGAUCCCGGCAUCGGCUUCAGCAAACCUGUAGACGCCCAAUACGCCUUAUUGCGCAAUGCAGCAUCCAUCACUGCCGACAGGCCUGGAAACCGCCUUGUAGGAUAUCCGUUACUCAUUGGCACAUCCAAGAAAUCAUUUUUGGGUGCCCUGUUGAAACGUCCCGAUUCGGUGGGGGCCUAUAAAGGGAGAGAAACUUCACCUCACGAACGAGUUUGGGCCACAGCUGCUACAGUGGCAUGCGCCGUUCAACAAGGCGCGAACGUCGUAAGAGUACACGACGUACUACAGAUGCGGGAUGUUGUUGCUACAUCCUCUGCGAUAUGGAGUGGGUUGGAUUCGUAAACGCUCAGCUGCAGAUUCUAGCCUUUUGUACUCGUCUUCUUUGUACUUCUAAAAUGUAAACCAAGAUAUAGGAAAUAAACAUGGAAAAGCGAGGUCGAAAGUGCUUCUCUCUGUACUUCUUUCAUUGUCUCUGGAUUCUACAAUGCCGUGUGUGGUCACUCCGGCGGCAUAGUGCCAUAUGGACACCGCUUGAGAGCGUGACGUUUCACAUCGUCCGUAAUAGAACGAUACCCACCCACUGUCAUUGUGAUGUCCACGUC